ACCGCAUCAACAGGCAUCCUCUUUCGGCCGAUAACCUAACCACAAGGGCGCACGUUAGCCCAGAGUCAGCAAACACAAAGCUCAUUUGCAAGCUACCUAAUAAAACCAACCCUUCUCCUGUCAUUAAAAUUAAACAAAGAAGACAACAAUCAUUACUUACAUUAAUUCGUCAUAAUCAAGUCCCGAUCCACUCUCACCACCGCCCUCCACCCCGGCCGGAAGCGCACGAUAGCACUGACUCGUCACCGCCCUUCGUGAUCACAGCGAUCUAUCGAUGUAUGUAAUGCAAUAAAGAAUAAUUUGAGAGAGAAAUUAGUGGAUAUCAUGGUGGGAUGAGGAGGAGGAGGAAAUGGCAAGAGGAGUGAAAUGGGGAUGUUCGUAUAAGAGAAGCACACUCAUUGUUUGCUCUAUUAACAUUGUUGUUGCUCUCUAUGUUCUUCGGUCUCUCUAUGCUUCCCUUUAUCUUUACUCCAAUAGUGAUUUUAACAAAGUUGUAAAGUAUACGCCAGAUCAGGUUAGGAAAAUGGAGGAAUCAAUUCGGAUUCGAAGAGCGAAAGAACCUUUAGAGCUUGUUAAAAUUGUGAAGGAACUCAAGGAGGAGUUUAACAGAGGAGAAAUGGUGGCUGGAUUACCGAAAGAGGUUACGGACAGGAUAACUGAUGAGAUUCUGCAGAGAUUGAGAAGCUUGAAUGCAAAUGCUAAUAUCAGUGAGCAGAGAGAUGCCAUUGAAAGCUGGCGCAAAGAAAAACUGCAAGAGGUCAAACAGUUGGUCCAUGGAACAGGGGGGCUGAACUCUUCUAUUUUGAAACAGGAAGCUGGUAUGCUAGAAAGAGCCUUGGAGUCUGAUUGGGCUGUGCUGUCAGAAAACAUUGGCCUUUGGGUUCCUGCUGAAAUAAUUCACCAGGAACACAAUGAUAAGCCUGAGGGUGAAGAAGAUCCUGAGGAAGAGGUUCUGCCUGGCAGGCCGUUGUCACCUGAAUGCCAUGCUGAGCUUCAUACUGAUUAUGGUGGUGUUGCUGUUAGAUGGGGCCUUACCCACCAUAAGGAAAGUGCAGCUGACUGCUGUCAAGCUUGCUUAGAUCAGGCAAAAUAUGCUAAGCCUGGUGAAAAGAAAUGCAACAUAUGGGUCUAUUGCCCAUCGGAGACGGGGUGCUAUUCACCAGAUAUCUAUCAACAUAAAAAUCAGGAGUGCUGGCUAAAACAUGCCGAAAAGCCUAAACUGAAUUUCAAGGAUAAGUAUUCUGACUCAUUUAGAGAUUCCCACCCAAAUGCGCCGUUAAUUGUUCCCUGGGUUUCUGGUGUUGUUAGUGCGUGAUUGGAUGUUACAACCCAAAUAGGUCGAUGUUAAACUGCUUGAGCUGCAGUCUAUCGUCCUGUCACAGCUCCAAAAAGAUGUAAAGCUGCCACUGCUGAUACCUUUGAUUAGGCACUCCUUACACCCAGAUCUGGUGAAUUUUGAUUUUGAUUUUGUUUCUUUUUUUUUUUUUGGAAAAGAGAAAAUGGCGAGGAUCAUGAUCCUUGGUUUAAAUGUCAGAACCAUUUUGUAACACGGGGUGCCAUGGUCCUGGCGCAGAUGAUUUGAAAGCUAGGAUCUGGUGCCCGGGCAAGGCAGCCUCUUUUACAGUUAGACAUCAAGAACUUCCACUUUGGAUAUUAGCCUUAGAAGAUUGGUUCGGUUGUUUGUAAAAGGGAUGGAAAAAUUGAGUUAUUGAAAUGGGAUGCGAAUUUGCAACUCAUCGCGUGCUA